UAUCCAUCUCCUGCGACUGUGCUGCUAGACAAUGUGCUACCGCUGUGAAACGGAUUAAACGGUUUCCGUUCGUGUCAUCAUGCUGCGCUCCAAAACAAACUGGAUUUUUCUGUUUGACUACUAUGUUGUCCUUUUGGUAGCGGCAUCAGCCCCACGGACUGAGAAAUAUAGUCAAGUUCCUGAAGAUGACCUCUUAUUUCCCCCAAACGCAGUACAACGUUAUGCACACACUAAGCCAGGCAGUUAUUUUGGGUAUUCCGUAGCCAGUUACGUGGGUCAGUCGCAGUCAUUUUGUCUUGUCGGCGCUCCGCGAGCAAGUCAGGACCGUCCAGGUGACCUACUUGCUGAUUUCGGGUCGUCUUCAAGUGAUCCCUCUUCUGCCACUGGAUUAGUUUAUCGCAUUGAUUUGGAUUUCAAACUGCCCUAUUGUUCUGUUGUGCCCAUCGCCACCACAGAUGAAGCCCGUCGAGAGCACGGGACUCCAACACCCGGAAUUUCUUCAUGGCUUGGAGGCACAGUAGCUGCUGCCAGUAACGCUCAGAACGGGAUACAACUCGGCUGUGAUCCAAGGUAUAUCUACGCCCCAGAGCCAAUUAAUCAGACAGAUGGUAUCAGGCCGACAGACAGCAGGCCACUUCACUCACAGAACCUUUUGGGAACUGGGCAAUGCGCUCUGUACACCGGUGCUUCCAUGCAAUACACAUCGGUUGAUGCAUGCAUUGGCCAAGAAGAGGGUGCGUGUCUGGCCGGAUUCAGUGCAGAUGUGGAAACCGGCACUGCGUUUGGAGAAGCACAUGUCGUUCUGGGGAUGCCUGGCAGUUAUCUCACUGAAGGCAACGUUUUCCUCGGCCAUUACCGCGGGCGUGAGUUGGUCAACGCGAUGCGCUUGAAGAGUUCACCGCAAGACUUGAAACACAAAGGUUUCAAUCUCGGAUACGCCGUCCUACUGGACGAACUUGUUCGUAAAUCCGUGCCGCAUCCAACUCCAGCACGACAUCAGAACGGACCGGAUGUCGAAUCAGUUGGACUGGACAGACGAGUCAGGCUGAGCUUGCUCGUUUCCAGUUCAAUGUGGUUAGACAAUGACUAUCGGGGAAUCGUGAUGAUUCUUGAUCAAGCUAUGGAUCUGGGUGGGAUCACUUAUCUGAAGGAUCAGUGGGGGCACAUAGGAAGCUUCUUUGGAUACAGCUUAGCUACCGCCGAUUUGGACGGCAACGGGAUAGCUGACAUAAUUGUUGGGUCUCCGUAUUUCACAGAGCGGAAAGAUGACAAAGAUCAGGACGACUCUGAUUGGUCAGUGAAAUCGGCCAAAUCCAAUCGGCCACGUGACACGUUGAAUGCACCGAGAGAAGAGGAGGAGCGUGAUUCAGACCCGAAUAUCGUUGAUAGGCUGUGGGGUCGUUUGCUACCCGACAUAGGUCGCGUGUAUGUCUUUCAUGGAUUCCCAUCUAAUCUGACCAGCAACACGUUGGUGAACAGCGACUCUCUCAGGCCUGAUUAUCUGAGUCGUCCACCAGUGAUUCUGGACGGUCCGAAGUCAGUCGGAGGGCGAUUUGGUCACUCGGUGGUCAGUAUGGGCGACGUGGAUGGCGACAGUACAGAAGACUUGGCAAUUAGCUGCCCUUAUUGUUCUGAUCCUGAAGGGACUCGUGAGAAAGGUGCGGUUUUCAUUUACCUGGGCAAGAAAGACACAAUUUUAGAAGACGAACCAUUCCAGGUUAUUUGGCCAGCUGAACUCCCCCGGGCUGCCCCCAUCACAACCUGCGGAGAUUUCGAUACCCACGAUUCAGGCCACCGAAUGUUCAAAAGCUUCGGGCGGAGCUUAUCUGCCGGUAUUGAUUUGGAUGGGAACCAUCCUCCGGAUCUGAUUGCUGGCGAUUUUGAGAAAACGAGUUGCAGUCCUGUUAAUAACAAUAAUAGUGAUAAUACUAAAAAUCGUCCAUUUGUGACACCCCUUCGGUGCCUAGCUGCCAUAACACCAGGAGGAAGCACGGGAGCCGGGAUACUGCCAUAUUGCCCAACCUUAAUGAGGAGCGGUCGAAAUGCUGAGAUUGGAUUUGAACCACGAACCGUUGUUUUCCUUCGAGCUCGUAACACGAUUUGGUUUGAUUCUCCUGAAUGGGAUCUUCCAUUGGCCAGAACUUUACCCUGGUCCGGGCCAGACGAAACCGAAUGUGGAACGCAGUGUCAAUUUCGAGUUCAGUUGAGCGUCCGCGUCCAUGGAAAACCUAGUCUCCUUCAACGGCACCAGACCGAACAGUUUAAACUACACGUAGCAGUUGACAUGGAUGCUUCGAUUGUGAAUCUGGUCUACAAGCGACUGGCGGGUGUAAGCGAUAUGCAGAACGCCGGUGGCAAUGGUUUCAUGUCGAUGGGUUUGUUAGAGUCGGUCGUUCCCAUUACGAUCAUCAGAGAUACGUUGAUGAACGCGAACCGUAUGGUAUUGUUGUCACUAACGCUUGAGCCUCAGUCCGCCCGAGUAAGACCGUACAUUUGGAAACCCAUACUCCUCAAUGCAACAAUCACACCAGCUUUUAACGCAAUGCCCCAUGUUCCUGGACCCAAGGAGGUCAACUCGUGGAUGCUUCAUCCGUUUCUAGGUGAACGACAUUUUGUCAGUCGCCCCCUGCAAUUCGCCAAUCCCGCUUGUGGUGCGGACAACAUCUGUUAUGCCGACCUUCAAGUGCGUAUGAUGGACAUGUCUGUGGGUGCCCUGGAAAAAUUGGUUGUCUACUUUCGGGAACGUGUGACACAACGCAACCUGACAGUUGGUGUGGGCAACUUGGGGGAGAACGCCUACGCAGCCCAAUUACGGAUGACCAUUCCCCAUCAGUUCAGUUUUGUGAUCCCCGAGGAGUUGCACUGUCAGUCAAAGGUGCUUCCAGAUAUUCAGGCAACACAAAUAUUCCGCGAACUUGGCGAUCCACUUGGCUUUACCGGUAGAAAUCUACGUCCGUUUGUAGUCCAACUAAACACUGCCGGAGCGUUCCGCGAAUUGGAUGAACUAGUCAACGAUGAACCAGCCACAAGUCCGAACGCAUCAGAAGCUAGCUUAGAGCCUUCAUCUAAACCAUAUUGGUCACCAUCAGACGGUUCAAGAGGGCCACUGUCUCAAAAGACUCCGUCAAAAUCACAGCGGAAGUGA